ACCCAUCAUUAGUCUAACGUUACCCCACAUUUUAUUAACACAUUUGUUUGCCUAAGUGACCACAUAUUACACUGAAAUCACUAUGGGGAAGUAUGUACUCGGCAUAGAUAUAGGAACAACUUCCAUCAAGGCCGUUUUACUCGACUUAACUUCUAAAGCCGUUUUGGAGAACUCCAGUUUGUCAACCAAGGCAGACAUCGUUGCUAACGGUGGAUCAAACGUCAAAGAGCAGGACACUGGACAAAUAAUAAACGUUUUGAAUAAGUGCAUUGCUUCUUUGCCCGGAAAUAAACUCAAGGAUGUUGUUAUGAUUGGGGUGUCAGGACAAAUGCAUGGAGUUGUGUUCUGGAAAGCAAAAUCAGGCUGUGACUGGUCCAGUGGAAACUACUUCAGAGCCAAAGACACCAGUCAGCUGAUCACCUGGCAGGAUGGGAGAUGUAACAGUGAUUUUCUAGCCACCCUCCCUGCCCCAAACUCCCAUCUCAGCCUAGCCACAGGUUUCGGUUGUGCCACAAUCUUUUGGUACAUGAGACACAGGCCUGAGUUCCUGGCUGACCUCACAGUGACAGGAACCAUCCAUGACUAUGUGGUGUCGAUGCUGUGUGGUUUGGAGAGAUGUGUGAUGACGCCACAGAAUGCUGCCAGCUGGGGCUACUUCAACACUGCCACCAACCAGUGGAACAGGGACAUUCUGAAGAACGCUCAUUUCCCCGUGCACCUGCUCCCUGAGUGUGUGGAGUCUGGGAGCUUGGCUGGGCAGACGUGCUCAGAGUGGCACGGCAUCCCGGCCCACACGCGGGUCGGGGCAGCUCUGGGAGACUUCCAGUGCUCCGUCUACUCCUGCAUGACGGACGGGACGGACGCAGUGCUCAACAUCGGUACCUCAGCACAGCUGACGUACGCCAUGCCGGAGGACUUCAGGCCGCCACACGUCCCUGAGCCCGCCUCCUCCCUCUCCUACUUCCCCUACUUUAGUAACUCCUACUUGGCUGUGGCGGCGUCACUGAAUGGAGGAAAUGUGUUGGCCAGCUUUGUGGGGAUGCUGAGUGCGUGGAUGAAAGAGUUAGGGGUAGACAUGAGCGACUCCAGCCUGUAUGAGCAGGUGAUCAGGUGUGCCUUGAGCCAGGAGAGCAGUGAUCUUCGGGUGAGUCCCACCCUCCUAGGAGAGAGACACAGCCCACAGAGCCUGGGCCAGGUGUCCGACAUAGCCCCCUCCAACCUCUCCCUGGGUCACGUCGCCAGGGCAGUGUGCCACGGUAUCCUGGAGAACCUCACCUCCAUGAUGCCCCCCGUGUCUCUGCUAGCGGCAGGGGUGAAAAGGAUCAUGGGUAGCGGGAGCGCCUCUCGUAACGAGGUGCUGAGACAGGAAGUGGAGAGGGCGUUCCCCGUGCCAGUGGUGUACGGUGGAGAUGUGGACUCUGCUGUGGGCGUGGCUAUGGUACUCUGUGAUCGAUUCUGAACGUAACUGAACUCUUAUGCCUACUUGUCAUUCCGGCUCUCGAGUCAUAUUGUGAUUUUAUGAUGAUUCUGCAUUUGUGUGUUUCUUGCAUUAUCAGUAAUUCCAGUUGCAUUCUGAAAUACUUGACUGCUGUAUACAUUUCUAAGAAAUCAUCAUAAAUGGGUUUGGAUGAUGUGAAUUUAUAACUGUUAAUAGCAUGAAUUGUAUAGUGUGCAAGUAAUGCACAGUGUCACGUUCGCAGUACAGAUCAAAAACAUUAUCUGUCAGCACUUUUGGACACUGAUUGUUAUGUUGAUUAUCAUAACUUUAAUCAAUAGCUAGCUGGAUUUUGUAAGCGAUAAUUGCAAAAGUAAACAUUGCCGAUGUCCCCACCACAUUGUGCAGGCCAUCGUUUUUAUAUUAAUUC